AUGAAGAUGGAGAUUGAGGAAGUUGGGAACUGCGAAACACAACCACUUCCACUGCUUUCACUCAACCAUGUGUCCCUCUUGUGCAAAUCGGUGUGGGAGUCUAUGAGGUUUUAUGAGGAUGUUUUGGGCUUUGUUCCCAUCAAACGCCCUUCUUCUUUCAAUUUCACUGGAGCCUGGUUUUACAAUUACGGUGUUGGAAUACACUUGAUUGAAAAUCCACUCAUUGAUGAAUUUGAUACCUGUGUCAAUGAAUUUAGGCCCAUUAAUCCCAAGGACAACCAUAUCUCAUUCCAGUGUACUGAUGUUGAACUUGUUAAGAAGAGGUUAGAAGAGAGGGGGAUGAGGUAUGUGACAGCUGUGGUAGAGGAAGGAGGAGCCAAGGUGGACCAAGUGUUCUUCCAUGACCCUGAUGGCUACAUGAUUGAGCUCUGCAACUGUGAGAACAUACCAAUCAUUCCUAUUUCUUCCUGCUCUCUCAAGCCUCGUGGCCAGAGUUUCAAGAAGACUGCUCCUUACAAGUGUGGAUUCAUGGAGAAUGUGAUGAUGGAGAGCUUGAGCACCGACAUGAUCAAUUUCUCCUUUUAA